GUAACGCUAAAGUGGCCGCGAUUGCAUUCGGUGAAAAAAUCUAAUUUAAGCCCGCUUAAAUGGCGCUGACAAUUACGAAAUUUCGAAAUUCGAGCGGUCAAGUGGUGUCCGCACCGCCCGCCAUGAUUUUCCGCUCGAAAACAUCGGAUCCCCCGCAGAUAACAAAGAAAUCAUUCGCGAAAUUUGAACCGGGUAAUGCCACAGUGAGGAUAACUUCGGGUGGAAUAGUACUCAACAAAAUACCAGCUAUAAUAAGGCCCAGUAUGAAAAGAGCAGCACCAUCAACGUCAUCGGGAGUCAGCACCGCGGGAGCAACAACAACAGCACCAGCUGGUACAGUGGGAUAUACCCCAUCUAAGACGCCCAGGUAUGUGAUCCAAGCCAUGCCAAGCGGAUCAUCCGGCAACCAACUGCAGUUGCAAGCCAGGAAGGAUUCGCAUGGUCUGGGGGUGGCCAUCAGUUCGCUGCCUCCCAACACAAUCAUCAAGGCGACCACAAGGCCAGCACAGGCUGCACCUUUGACGCCGGUCUCAGCUUUGGUUACUUCGUCACCAGCGACACCGACUAGUAGCCGAAAUACCGCUCACUCCAACUCGACUCCAACUGUGGCACCUGAUUCCAGAGUUUCCUCCGCCGUGCGUCAGGCUGUGUUCAUCAAGAGGGACCUGCCCCAGCCGCAGAAAAGCACUAGGAGUCUUACUUUGGGUUUGGUGGAGCAAGCGCCACUCCUUCACCUGGGUGUGGCCCCAGAGCAUUUGACGCUUCUAAAACGACAUGUCUGCCGCAGUGCCAAUGUCACGCAUUUGGACUGCUGUAUCACCUUGAGGAAACUCCGUCAGAACGAACCUUUUUCCCUGCUGGCAGAGCACUUUGAGCUAAGCGAAUCGGAUGCCGAGGACUCGUUUAAGCGCACGCUCAUCAAGUUGGCCCGCUACCUGCGACCGCUGAUCCGGUGGCCAGAUGCCCGGCAUCACAGCGAGCGACUCAAGCACACGCCACUGGACUACCGGGCCAAUCUGCUGCAUGUCCGCUCACUGAUCGAGUGUGUGGAAACGGAUGUGUCCGCGGAUCUGGGAUUGGGCAGCGACAGCUACAAGUUCAUACUGUGCAUCAAUACGAAUGGCAUUAUCAGCUAUGUAUCGAGCGCCUUUCCCGGUAAUUGUGAUGAUCUUCAGUUGUUCGAUGCCAGCAGAUUUCGAGAUGUCAUACCCAAGUACCUAACACUGUGCGCGGAACCGGGCAAAGCAGUGCCUCAUGCCCGCAGAACGGGCUUGGAAGAUCCCCAGGACUCGACGGAUGAGGAUGACUACCAGGCGGCUGCGACGGAGGAACCAAAGCGAUCGCUAAGCAAAUUCGAGGCGCAGCGUUUGGGCGGCCAGUUGGCUAAUCAGCAAUCCCUGACCGUUGUGGACGGAGCUCUGACCUCAAAGCGAGCUCCUUCCGUCCAACUGCCCACGUUCAAGGCCCAAGAACCCGCCUGCAGAGCCCAGAUGCGGGAUAUGAUCGAUGUCCUCAGGGAAUUCCGGAUGCUCGGUCAUUCCGCCAUUCAGCAAAAGUCGUUGCUGGGAUACCUCGAUGAAUCGAUCGUUGUGGCAGCAGCUCUUUGUAAUCUUAAGCGACAGGAGUUGCACUCUUAAUCAAUUAACAAUUAACAAUUUCUGAGUGAAGGAAAGGCCCGUUUUAGGGUCACACUUAGGUGUUUAAUUUGCUAGUAAUAAAACGAAGAAUUUUGAUAGUGUU